GCUCCCUGAAGGCUUCAGAGGGAAGGAGACGUGUCCCAUCUCAGAUUAGCUUUAACGGACUGAUGGAGGCGGACAGCACCGGAGCAAACAUGGCAGAAAAAGCAGAAGCAGACGUGGAAAUGACUGAAAACCCAUUUGAACCUUAUAUUGAAUCCCUCCGUCAGCAGGUGGAGGACCAAGACCCAGUGUUUCUGAUCGGAGUUAUCGUCGCUUUGGCGGUGGUCAUCAUCACCUGUGUGUUUCUGAAGUACUUUCUCACCAGUAAAACUGUCCGGACUGCUGUGCUGCUGGUCGGGCUCUGUGACUCCGGGAAAACCCUGCUUUUCAGCCGGCUGCUGUCAGGAAAGUUCAAGCGUACACAGACCUCCAUCACUGAUAGCAGUGCUCCAUACAAAGCCAAAAAUGACAGGGGCAGCACCUGGACUCUGAUAGACCUGCCAGGACAUGACAGUCUCCGGUCUCAGUACCUGGAGAAGUUCAAGUUGGCAGCCAGAGCGAUUGUGUUUGUCGUGGACAGCGCUAUCUUCCAGAAAGAAGUGAGAGACGUGGCAGAGUUUCUGUACGUUUUGUUGACGGACACUGUGAUCUCCAGAAACGCUCCAGCUCUCGUCGUGGCCUGCAACAAGCAAGACAUCACUAUGGCAAAGUCCGCCAAACUGAUUCAACAGCAGCUGGAAAAGGAAUUGAAUACCUUGAGAGUGACUCGCUCAGCAGCACUGAGCUCUCAGGACGGCUCUGUUGGCGGCAGUCUGUAUCUGGGCAAGAAAGGCAAGGACUUCGAGUUCAGCCAGCUGCCCAUGAAGGUGGAGUUCCUGGAGUGCAGCGCCCGCGGCUCUAAGGGUGAAGACGGGAAUGCAGACAUUGAAGGCCUGGAGAAUAGCCUGGCUAAACUGUGAAGCUCAACAACCUCAGUGCGCAAUUUGCCUUAAAGGCACAAACCUCAGAUCAGACACCCUCAACAAUCAAAGGGAUUAAGACAAACGCCUCUCGGUGGAGUGUCUGUGUAACGUCAGCCUCUUAACUCCAUUUAAGCAUGAGAUAUCUGCAACACAUGAAAGGAUUUUCAUGAUGGAAGACAUUCAGUACAAAAUAGACUAUUAAAGUAAUUGUGGACCGUAUAGAAAUGAGAGCUGAUGUAGCAGUUUGUCAGGUCGCUGUGCAGUGCUGAGAAAUGAUCCUGCUUAUUCAGUGUAGUGUGAACAUCCACUUUAGAGCUUUCUUUGGUUUGUUUAGAAAAUACACAGCUUAGGGAUUAUGUAAGAGUUCACCAGAUUUAUUUUAAGAUGUCUCAUCUAGUCUGAGCUGUGGAAUCAGACAGGCAUGAACUGCAUUUAUUCAUUAACUUGGACUGUCUGCCUUGUGCCUUUUUUCUGGUAUUGUAAUAGACACGUUUUGCUCGUUUGCAGAAGAAUGAUUUUUCACUUGUUUGAGAGUGUGAAUACAGUGCAUUUGCAAUGAAUGUAUGAAUUUGCCGUAGUCGUACAAGAGUGACAUUUUGUGUUUGUAGCCGUCUGUCUUGUUUAAGAAACUGAAACUAAAGCAUUUGAUGUCCACAGAUUUGUGUAAAUGGUGAAACAUUUCAAUGAAUGAAAAGAUUCAGCAAACAUUAUUUAAUCAUUAAAUUCUCAGUUUCACCAUGUUAUGGUUACAUGAA